UACGUAAACUUUGUGUAUGAUUACCGCGUAUGUACGCCUCGGUUCUGCGCCAUAAAUAAAUAAAUAAAUAAAUAAAUAAAUAAAUAAAUAAAUAAAUGACUUCCUACAUAAAGCCUGCACAUAUUACCUCGACUCUAAGACAUCUCUGAAGCACACCGACCUGUCAAUAGAUUGGCGAAUAAAAUUUAGGGAAUUCUUUGAUUAGCUUUAUUCUCUUUUGUUUUGCCGCUCAGGAUCUGCCACUGUGCUUUUAUCUAAUCCUCCAUAAUGAGCGUUCCCCACCAUAUAUGAUUGCUCCACAAAACGCGCAUGCCUUGUGUAAUACGUCCGCUCGCACAAACCUCUAAAGCACAGCGGAUCUGUUAAUGGAAUGUUUAGUUGUAUUUUCCGAAUUCUAUGAUUUACUUCCUUUGAUUAACCCAGUCGGUAUGUGCCCCAGUGUGUGUGUGUAUCCGUUCUUGGCCAAUGCUCUAGAAUGAGUAGGUCACACCGUGACACAGAAUGUACGGAAUCACUAAGCGUUGCUUGAUACGUGCACUUUUCUGCGCAUACGCCUGUCAUCGCCUAAUUGUGUGCAUCGUCGUUAGAUGUAGACCGUCUAACUAACGCGUCACUUAUGCUUGUCGACGCGUAGAAUCCAACACGUACGUUUGGAUAUGAUAAAGUUUUUUUUUUCUACGUCUAGUUGCACGCGUGCACCCGUUCGCUUUCUUUUCCCGUCGCAGAAGUUUUGUGUCGUUUUUUUUUUCUUUUUCGCGGUAACACGGUCGACACUGCGUGAGUUGCACCACGUUUUUGUAGCAUGCGAUGUAUUUGUCAGCCCGUAGAGAGGCGGGUAGUUGGUCUCACAGACAAUAGAGAAAGCUUGUUAAGAAUUUCUUAUACGUGCUUGUAUUCUGCCGUUCGCUACGGUAAGACAGGUCUACUGAGAAGCAUGUAAAUGACACACUACCGGCCACAGUAAUCUAUGGCGCCUAUGACAAUGACAGGAGUGUAAUUAAGGGAACAGCGUGUAACCGGAUGCGCGUAAAGUUUCGUGUGUGUUGAACGAGAGACGUGUGAAAUAGCAGUGGAAAUUAAUGUAAAGGAAUGCAAAUACGGUGGGACCGGUUAUAUAACAAAGCGCUUUGCCUAAAUCGAGACAGCGUGUAAAUUUGUGUUGCCUAAGAGCGAGGCGUCCUGUUUGAAUGGCUGGCACUUAUUACGUAGGGAUCACUUGCUUCGUGCGAUCGCAUCAGGAACUAGUAACUGCGAAUGCAGUCACAGCUUUCCUGCGGCCGAGUAAUUUAGAAUAGUCCUCAAUCGCACCAACAUUUCUCCUCGAGACUUCAACAGCUGCUGUCCCUCACAUUCAAACAGAAGCGAAUAUUCGACAAUUUCGUAUAUAAUUCAUUCUCGAAUGAAAUGCGAAUCGAAUAGGGAGAGAUAUUUGCUUGCACGCCCUGACAGUGCGUGUUCACCUUGCGCGGUCUUGAUUUCCGCAUUUCUCCCCGGCUCCGGUGCUGAGCAGGACUAUCUACCAAGUAGUGAUGGCGGCAGUGCUCGCCGAGUUUGGGGAUAUGUUCGCGCACAGCGCCACGCCGCUCGUCGAGGUGGUGUCCGGCCUGCGUCUCCUGCUGCCCGCGGAGUUCGUCGAGCCUUACACGCGGAUUCUGCCGUCGCACGGCGAGUCCCACAUCGCCAGCGCACUCGCGCUCAGGGAGUUUCGAGUGCGCGCAGAGGUGCUGGACAGCUCCCGAGAUUUGCUCGAGGCCUGGUUUCACCGGGACGAGCUCUUCGACAAGCACGUCCGUGUCACCUCGCGCUUCGUCGUCUUCUCUCCCACCAUCUACUCGGAGCUUCGGCUCGAGUGCGGCACCGAGGCCGUGUACCUCAACGCCCACCUGGUGGGCGUCCACCUGGUGGACAGUCUCGUCCAGCGGCUCUGCCUGAGGGGCGAGAGCGAAGGCCAAGCCCAAGUCGUGCCCGAGGCCUCGCUCGGCCGUCUAUGCGCCGAGGACCCGCGUCGUCUCAUGGAGGUCCUGUACCCGCAGCUGGCGCUUCGAGUCGUCAGCCGGGCCCUGAAGGCGGGAGACUCGUGGCACCGCAGUGCCUUCACCUGGGGCUCGUGGAAGUUGAGCGAGAGCCAGCUCUUCUACGAGCUCUUCUACGUGCGCGAGGUCUGCUCCCACGCGGGACGCCUGCCUCGCGCUUACCUGCAGCAGAGCGCCCAGCUCCUGAUGGCCUCAGAGGACUUUCGCAGGGCCUUCGGCUGUCCGUCCUUCGGGAGGAGCCGUGUCUCACUGGGACUCGCCUCGAGAUGACCUGUGCUGAGAUCAAACGUAUCCAUAUUGGAGAUAGUGCCUUAGCGGUGUUAUUUCGCUGUUGUGGAUUGUACGAGCGACAGCAUGGGAGCUGCGAAAUUUUUUUUUAAUGAACAAUGUUUGCCAAUAGUUACCAACACAUUCAACGUGAUGAAUUGUGGGAGCAUGUGCUUCCUGCUGCGAGACGCUUUUGUGAAUGAAUUUAAUGUUUAUUGCUACUAGUACUGACAACAUAUUCGACUUGUAAAGGAAGGAUGCGAGACUCGUCUAUGUAUAUAAAUGACCUGUAAGUGGGCGAUGUGCAA